CUUCCCCAGCUCAAAAAAAUCUCCCGCCUCAGCCUCGCGGACGAGAAUAUCCAAAUACAACCUUAUCAAUACAUGCCUUAGGUACCUGUUACAUACUAGGUUAGGUAGAUAUCCAACUCGUCGAAUAAUUACCUAGGUAUCAACCAGAGGGACAUCCCUCUUCUCUCUCUGUCCAUUUUUUUCUUCUUUUUUUCUCUUUUUUUCCUUCUCUUUCCCCUCCACCCUCCGCACCGCGAAUAAACCAACCAACCAGCCAUGUCGUCGUCCGCCACGACGCAACACCUCCUGCUCUCGCCCGCCGAGCUAGCCUACCUGCACACCUCGCUGUCCCUCGCGCCCCCCAUCCGCCCCGACGGCCGCACCGCCUCCCAGUUCCGCCCUCUGACCGCCGAGACGGGCGUGCUGCCCGCCGCCAACGGCAGCGCGCGCGUGUGCUUCGCGGACGGCACCGAGGCCGUCGUCGGCGUCAAGGCCGAGGUCGAGAAGCGCAAGGUCCUGCCGCUGAGCAGCAGGGCGCACUACUAUGAGGACAAGGAGCUGAGGCGCAAGGGUGAAGGCGAAGGGCAGAUAGAAGAAGAAGAAGACAAAGCAAAAAACAGCGGGCUGGAUGGGGGCGACCCGGUGGCAGCAGUGUCGGGCGAGAACGACUGGGUCGAGAUCACGGUCGAGAUCCCCGGGUACAGGGACGACGACAGCAGCACCGUGUUCCUGGCCACCAUGCUGAGCGAGGCGCUCCUGGCCGACGGCGAAUUCACCAAGAAGUUGUGGAUCAACCGACGUUUUCACUGGAAGCUGUACAUUGACAUCAUCCUCAUCUCCCCGCCGCUAUCCUACCCGCUACCCCUCCUCAGCCUAACGACGCACCUCGCGCUGCUCUCUACCCGCCUGCCCCGGUUAAAAUCCGAAGCCGACGAGGAUCCCAUGUUCGACGACGACUGGGCCGCCUCGCGCUUCAUAUACCCGCGACAGAGCAGCGACACCACAUCCGCCACGGUCGGUUCGCGACCCCCCAUCACGCUACUAGUCAUGGCGGUAGGCGACAACAUCAUCUUCGACCCGUCGAAGGAGGAGCUAGCCGUUGCGGAUUCCGCGCUCGCGGUCUCCGUGGGCGAGAGGAAUGCGCCCGCAGACGAGGCGUCGGAGGCGAUGGAUGUAGACGGGGAGCCGCAGACGGGCAGGCAGCUGCGGCUAUUGUCGGUGCGAACGAUAGACCCGCCGUCGCGGUUGACUGCGCCGGGGGUACCCAACGCAGUAAACGCGGCGGCGUGGGGACAAGGUGGGCCCGCGGCCAAGGACCCGGGAGCUCGGGCGGCGGAGAUAGACGACGUGGAAGGCGUGUGGAAGGCGCCGAGGGGAGGAACCAAAGUCGCCGUCCUCGGGGCCAUGGUACAAAAGGUAUUAGAAAAGGGGGGCAUUGCGGACGAGGUGUUAGAUGGUCUCGAUGCGGUCGACUUGGGGUAGCUUUUGUGUGUGUGUGUGUGUGUUGUGUGUCUUUUUGUCGUCGGGAAAAAAUUACGAUACGAUACCAUGAAAAAAACAAAUUAUUAAUACCUGCCUACCCUGCUUGCCUGGUCCUGGAGCAGAGAGAAGAUAUUCUGAAUAUUCUAAGGGGAGGGGU